AUGGCGGAGAACAAGAAGGCUGUUCCCAUUAAUGUUCUCUCAGAUGACCCAAAGGGCAAAAAGGAAAAUGAGAAGAAGCCUCGUGAUGCGGAGCCGCUCAAGAUGAGCGAAGAGGACGAACUCAUUAAGAACCAAGUGGAGCUUCUCGUCACACGCGCUGGCGACAGCAACACGGCGCUGGCUGCUACAGCAGUGGAGCAGCUCAUUGACUUGUUAAGGACACACACGGGCGGCAGCGUGGCGUCAGUUCCAAAACCGCUCAAGUAUGUGCGGGCAAUGUAUGCGCAGCUUGAGAGAGUGCUGAAGGACACGACUGACACCAAACUUGCUGUGCGUCUCCACGACGUUCUCUCCUUCAUUGCCAUGACGUUGGAGUUCCCCGAUGGACGACGUGGCUCACUCGAGCACAAGCUGCAGGGGACACAAGACGACCUUGCGCAGUGGGGCCAUGAGUACCUGCGCUUCCUCGCCGGCUCCAUCGGCGCGGAGUGGAAGGAGCGCACUGGCAAGGCGGAGGGCGUGAAUCACCUCAUCGGAUUCGUGAAACAGAUUGUCAGCUACAUGGUGACACAUCAGGACGAACCGACAGCGGUCGAUCUUCUUAUGGAAGUUGAGGACAUGAAUGCAAUACUGCCUCUUGCCGACAGCCACAACCACAGGCGCAUUGCAAACUAUUUGGCAGCCGUCAGCAAGUACUUAACGCGCCCCCUGGAUACCGCGGCAUUGCGCGUGGUGUACGAUAUUUACGUCAAGAUGGAGUCUUACACGGAGGCGUUACCGGUGGCGCUGCAGCUGGGGGACCGCGCCAUGGUGAAGGCUCUCUUUGAAAAGUGCCACAACGCACCGAUGUGUUUGCAGAUGGCGCUGACUUGUGCUCGCUAUAGGCUCUAUGUCGAGCUGGACAAUGAGGAGAAUGAACUGAUCAGUGACGCCAUGGGUAAUAUGCGGCUGGCACAGCUGUAUCGUUACGUUGCUCAGGAAUUGGACGCGAUGACACCAAAGGCCCCGGAAGAUGUCUUCAAGACUGGCAUUGACGGGAAUGUAGUGAACAACUCCACUGAUGGUUCGUUCAAAUUGGUCUGCUCUUUUGCCAGCGGACUGGUAAACUGCGGGUUCGGAAAGGAUAUUUAUCUCACUGAAAAGAGUGCAUCGUGGCCGUACGAGCAGACGGAGAGUCGACUCGUUGCUACCACUGCCAUGCUGGGGCUCAUUCACCUCUGGGACCAUGCGGAGGGAUUACAAGAGAUAUACAAAUACUUCUACGCGGAUGCUGCAAACAUCAAGGCUGGGGCCUGUCUCGCGGCUGGUGUAGCGAUGUGCGGAGUGACGAACCCCUUUGAUCCUGCCUUGGGCCUUCUCGCGGACUCUGUUGGCGCACCGCAGAAGGAGGUAAGCAUCGGCGCCAUCCUCGGUCUCGGUUAUGCAUACGCAGGGACGCAGAGGGAUGACAUCAAGGAGCUGCUCAUACCCAUGCUUGCCGAUAGCGAUCAGGCGCUGGAUGUUCAGUGUAUGGCGGCCUUUGCGCUUGCAUUGGUUUUUGUGGGCUCCACCGACGAGGACAUCGCGGAGGCCAUGAUGAACUGCCUCAUGGAGAUUGAGGAGGAGGAACUAAAGCAGCCACCUGUGUGCUACCUCAUUAUCUCAUUGGGCUCCCUCUUCCUCGGCAAGCAGGAAGCGGCAGACACACUUCUCGAUGCCACGCAGACCCUCUCACCCAUAAUUCGACGGUACACGGAGAUGGUGGUGCGGGGUUGCGCCUACGCGGCUACAGGAAACGUUGUGGUCAUUCAGAACUUCUUCCACGCCAUCGCCGAGAACGACAAUGCCGAAGAGCCAGUAGAGGAGGAAAAAGACGAGCAGAAGGAUCAAGAGACGUCUAGCAAGACGACACCAAUGAACCACAAGGCUGCUGCCGUUCUCGGUAUUGGGUUGGUUGCCAUUGGCGAAGACAUUGGGUCGGAAAUGGCGAAACGAUCCAUUAUCCACGCCCUACUGGUUGACACCGUCAGCAAGGGCGGUGCAAACUUGUCGGGCAGACGUGCGAUUCCACUAGUGUACGCACUUCUCUCUGCCUCCAAUCCGAGCAUGCCAGUUGUGGAGACGUUAAACCGUUUGUCCCACGAUAGCGAUGUAUCCACCGCAGUCAGCGCUAUUCUCGCCAUGGGAAUAGUGUCGGCGGGGAGCAACAAUGCCAGGGUUGCGAGUAAGUUGCGCAACCUGGCCUUGUACUAUCACAAGGACCGCUUUGCGCUUCAGCUCUUCGCCGUGCGCCUCGCUCAGGGUCUGCUCAUGAUGGGGAAAGGCCAUUUGACACUUUCCCCGCUACUAAACGACCGCACGUUGGUGUCGCCUACGGCGCUCAUGGGACUUCUCGCUUUUCUGCACAGCGUCCUGCACUACGAGGAGACGAUCCUUGGAAAGUACCACUACAUGUUGCUCACCAUCACCCCCACCAUUCGCCCCCGCAUGGUCCUCGCCGUCGACGCGGAGAUGACGCCCAUUAAGGACGGCGUUCAGGUACGCGUGGGACUCCCCGUCGACACGGUUGCGGUGGCUGGAAAGCCCAAAUCCAUCACAGGCUUCCAGACGCAAAGCACGCCCGUGCUGCUGAAUGCGACGGAUAAAGUUGAGGUGGCGUCGGUGAAGCAUCGCCCCGUUGCGUCCGUCGUGGAGGGUAUUUUCCUCGUGGAGGAGAAGCCGAACGUGGAAUAG